GAUCUUUGGUGUCGCUCCACUGCAGCAGAUCAGCCGCUUCCGUGUAGGCUGUGAUUGGCUCUCUCGGGGAUGAUGUCGCUUGGACCUCAAGUGUUUUGAUGCCUGGCCACGACUUGUGUGUUGCUAGAAAUCUUGGAGACACUUAACUGAAUGAAACCUCAGCUCCCAGUCGUUCAUUGCGCCGGGGACGGAGGCUUCUCAAUCCCUUACAAUUUCCCCAUCGCCUGAAAUUACAAGUCAGCAGGACCCAGAAACAAAAGACUGAGAGAGAGAGAGAGAGAGAGAGAGAGAGAAAGAAAGAAACAAUUGUUAGCUCCUACCUAGUGCACUAAUUAGAAAGUAGAAGCUACAGCACCGAGGAGAAAGAAACUAAAUUUCCCAUCGUAUUGAACUGUCUGCAAGCUCCACUUUAUUGUGAACUGGGCUAUUGCUUUGACUGAUAAGUGGGAGGUCUUGUUGAGACCGGUGGUGAAUGCCCGAGACUGCAAUGAUGAACCGCAAAGGGAUGGUGGCCAAGAUUUUGUCCCGAAUAAGGACCGACUCUUUCCACAGUAAUUACACUCUCCUGGGAAAGGAACUGGGAAGGGGAAAAUUUGCUGUUGUCAAGAAAUGUAUGGAAAAUGCUUCUGGAAAGGAAUAUGCUGCCAAGUUCUUACGGAAGCGAAGGAAAGGACAGGAUUGCCGCAUGGAUAUCAUUAACGAGAUCGCAAUUCUUGAGAUGGCAAAAAGCAACUCUCAUGUGGUAGACUUGCAUGAAGUGUACGAGACAACUUCAGAAAUCAUCUUAGUGCUGGAAUAUGCUGCAGGUGGAGAAAUCUUUAACCAGUGUGUUGCUGAUAAAGAUGAGGCCUUCAAAGAGAAAGAUGUCAUUCGUCUUGUGCGUCAGAUCCUAGAUGGAGUCUCCUACUUGCAUCGGAAUAAUAUAGUGCAUCUAGACCUAAAGCCUCAAAACAUCUUGCUGACCAACUGCAAUCCAUUGGGCAAUAUCCGAAUCGUUGACUUUGGGCUAUCCAGGAGAGUGGACAGUGUUGAAGAGAUUAGGGAAAUUAUGGGCACCCCAGAGUAUGUAGCUCCUGAAAUAUUAAAUUACGAGGCAAUCACAACAGCGACAGAUAUGUGGAGUAUUGGGGUGUUGGUCUACGUCAUGUUGACAGGCAUUUCACCUUUCCUUGGAGAUGACAAGCAAUCCACGUAUCUCAAUAUUUCCAAAGUGGACAUCGAUUACUCAGAAGACAUCUUUGAUGGCAUCUCCAAUUUGGCUUUAGAUUUCAUUCAGACUCUCCUUAUUAAGGACCCCAGGAAACGAGCAAAAGCAGAGCAAUGUUUGGACCACCCAUGGCUUUCUUCCAAACUAGAGGUGCCAAAACCCAUAACCGAGUCAGAGGAGGAGCAGUCAGAGUCUGAACAGAACAGCCCUGAUUCCGAGGAACUGGUUCUCAUGGCUUCCUACACCCUGUGUAGGCAGUUGGACAAGGACAUUGAAAUCGAGCGAGCAGCAGUGCACAAACAGUUCAAAUUUGAGGAGUCUUUCACAACGUUGCGAGAUUUUCUGAGUGCUUAAUGUAUACUGGACUGCGAGUACGCUGGCUUCAACUAGCUACACCGAGCACUGCAUUUGUUCGCUGCUCAGAGUGCCACAUGGCUGAAUGGUCUGCAGGCUUUCAUUACUUAGGGCAAUUAACUUUUUAUUGGGCAUAAGCCUGGCAUAAUAUAGAGCAGUUGGCCUAAAUUGAGCACAUGGAUUAAGAAGAAAUGUGCAGUUUUUUUCUGGAGAAAUAGCGCCCUCUGAGGUUUGGUGAUAAGAGUUGAGAGAUGUGGUUAAAACCUUUACUAAUUAAAUCUGUGAAUUCUGCAUCUCAUUAUUUACCAGCAAAAGGUAAAUUUUGUGAUGGUUGAAAUGGGCAACAUGGAAAUAUUUGUAAUAGAGAACACACUGUAGACUGUGGAAGUGACAAUCUUGCAUUCAUCCAAUGCUUUUGGGUUUUCUCUGGCAACUCUAUUGUCACUUUGUGGUUUGAGAAACUUCUCUUUGGUAUUGCUCCUUUAAGCUUAAGAGAAAGCUUGCUUUAUUUGAGUUUAACUCAGCUAUUUCGUGGAAGGGGAUUCCGUUCACAGUAUAAUUGCAGAACGUUUCUGUUCCAGUAUACUGAUGAGAACGUCCCCAACUAUCCCAAAUCCACUUCGCCCCAUUCAUGAGAUUAAUUUCAUACUUUGCCUGUUUCAAGUUGGAAAUAAAAAAUCAGAUAUUCAGCCAAACAAAAUUGAUCUUAUAAACUUGCCGAGAAAAUGCCAAAAUUGAUAGUAAGUAUGGUUUUCCAUUUGCUUUGAAAGCAUGCAGUAAUAGUUUUGUAUGUUUUGUGCAGUAAAUAGUUCCACUUUGGUUCUCAUUUCAAUUUUAUUAUAAUGUCUGACUUUUCACUUUGCAAUUGUACAAAAUUGAGCUUUUGAUCCUUUACUGAAUUGAAGGAACAUCCUGGGACUUGGUAGAGGGAGGAAGGGAGGUGGAUGGAGUCCAAAAUUCAAUUAAUAAAGUUGACUAAUAAUUAGAGUUCUGUGGACUACAGGACAUCGUAAGAAAAAUUCCUUACAAAUCUAUACAUUGGAAUAUGUCAUGCUGCAAUGAAAUAAUGGCACAUAGAGCAUUAGUGCACAUUUUUUUUUGUCUGUCUUGGGGUUUGGGGAAUAAGUGUAUUUUUUUUUCCUUAUUUAUUGUAUCAUGAUUAUCGAAAGACUUUUGUCAGGGGUUAGAACGUGGUCAUUUUCUAAAGAACAUUCCAGGAACAUAUCAGUACAAUUAUUAAAGCAUUUUUGACACUCAUCUUGUUCAUCCGCUUGUGGGUCCCUUCCUCUAAUUGUGCACAUGCACUUGUGUUGUAAAGUUCUUGUGGCUGAAAGACAUACAAAAAUAUACAUAUAUAGUUUAAAAAUUUACUGUGCCUUGAUAAUUGGCUAGAUAUUAUGAGACCACGUGCAUUUAGAUGUUUUGCUAUCUGAUAUGUGGAUUUUGAUUUCAUUGAGUAUUACUAGACACAAGAAACAUAGGAAAACCCUAGUGGUAAGAGGAAGCAGUGAUAGUGGGUGGCUGAAAGCAGUGAGCAGCUUUUCUGGCAAUGUGUAGCAGACACGCAAACCGUCACUUUAUUUUUCUAUUGGUAUGAUGUAAGGAAAUUCAAAUGUAGGCUACUGGAGUAAUCCAGUCUGUACAGUAAACUGUGUGAAUGCUCAUUCCAAUAAUUGAACGGUCAAGAAUGUAACAUUUUGCUAGUAAUGUGCUGUAAUUUACUUUUUGAUGUCUGAUGUACAUGGCCUUAUUAACAAAGGGCUACUGCGUGUGCUUCCUGACUCUGGUCUAAUUCUGACGUUCAUGUUUGCAUAUUCAACAUAAACAUAGUAAGAGGAGGGCACAUAAUAUUGUCUUUUGGUAAUGAAACAAAUCUUUUACUGGUGUCAUCGACUGGAGAAUGCACAGUUCCUUCCUUUGGUUAUUUUCCUUUUGAAUCCUGACUGAUUUAGACCAAAAUAACACGCUGCACUGCAAGAAGUAUUAAGACAUUUGCAGCAAAACUGAGUCAAGCAUACAGCAGGUUUUGCCAUGUGACCUUCAGAAGUCAGUUGCCCAACGCAAAUGAAAAACUGUUUCACACAGCAUUUCUGUUGUACAUUGGAGUUCAGACUUUUCAGAUAAGGAAUAUUGUAUUCUCAACAAUUAAAUGGAGUUAUGAAAGAAUUAUUCAAAUGUGUUCUUCACGUGGAGACUGUUGACCAAGUGUAAAGACUGUGCUGAACUGAUAAGAUGUGAUUUUGUUUUAUGUCUCAUUGGCGUUGUUCAAUGCAAAAGCUGGCAACCAGUCCUACUAUUACAAGUUUUCCCAUGGAUCACUCCUGUUCUGUAAGGAACUGCAUUUUCCAGAGCAGUAUCAGUAUCCAUUCAAUUCCAACAUUCUGUAGAGGUGCUUGAAUGUAUCUAUUUGGCACUGAGGGAAGAACUGAGGUCACAUGAUGGAACAUUACUGCCAUUUGUCAAUGGUAGACCACCACUGAGAGAACUAUAGACAGAAUCACUCAAUCAUAUCCAACUUGUAAAAAUGAGAUUUAUUUUACUAGUAAAUUUUUUUGAAGUUUACCUGGAAAUCCACCUUGAGUACAGAAGUACUUGACAGGACAAUUGGAGGGAAUGAUCAAUGUUGUUUAAUUUUGGGAAAAAAAAUUAGUUAAGGUAAAGCAUAAUUUUCGGAGGGAUGCCACUUGUUUUGUGAAUGUUGGGCCAUCCUAUCCACUAUUCUAAUAGUCAUUAACCUGUUUAUUUUAAAUUGAUUUAGGAAUGUAACAGCAGCCAGAAGUGGGCUGAAUGUUAAAGUAGCCUCUAUUCACAUCUCCUUUCUAUAGGGCUCAGAAUGAAUUAUGUUCUAAUAUGGACUCUUGGCACAGCUAACUGCACUCUGCACCACUUUACGUGCCAUUGUUAACCCGUCUAAGUAUUCGUGCAUCUUUUAAACUCUCAGAAGAACAAAGAAUACCCAAAUUUCAGUGCCUAAAUGAACAAGAUAGGAGAAUAGAGAGAGAGUAUACAAGCAGAAUGGUGAAGAAAGAAAAUAUAAUAGAAUGAACGUGUCUUGUGUUUAUCAUUUCUCAUAUUUCUUAAAUAAAGGAACAGUGCAGAGCCUAAGGAGUGAUAAUGGGAAUGAAUGAAAGGUACGUGCAGAGAAUAAGUUUGUAUUUUUGACCCUUUGGAGUGCUUUGGAAAUAGCAGAAAACAUUCCUUACCUUCACAUUGCUAUUAUAUAACUUGUUUCUUUUGUAUGGUAAAAGUGUCACAUUUUUGUGUACAAAGCAACAGCAUGGGCACAGGCUUUCUAAAGACAAUAACCAUUAUAUUAAGCAAUCAGGUGGAUAAAUAUUCAAACUUCAUAAUAACUACUGUAAUUUCACUGGAUGACUAUGUAGUUGAUAAUUCCUUGACGUAGGACAUGUUUCUUGAACUAGACUUUUGAAAUGUAAUAAUUGUAACUAUUUGUCUUCUGAAAUGCUGCCAAUUUUAUUAACACCUCCACAAACAAGAAUAUAAUGUACAGUUUCUUUUCUGCGAUAGUUUUGACAGCCAAACUGAUGACAAAGGUACUGUUUGACAUUGUCCACGUAAUGUGCUUUUUUUUACAACAAUAAAACAUUAUUAUUUAAGUUCAA